UAUCAACACAUUAGCACACAGUCGGCACACAUCAACACGACUCAGCACACGCUGGGGCAUUGUACACUCAGCACCUACUUGGUCAGUGCACAUCAGCAUGUGCUUAGCGUACACUCGGUCAGCAAACACUCAGCAUAUGCUUGGUCAACAAUCAGCACGUGCUCAGCGCACAGUCAGCACACGCUCGGUACACGCUUGGUCGGCGCACAUCAGCACAUGCUCAGCGCACAGCACACACUCGGCACACGGUCCCACGUCAGCUUGUGCCCAGCGCACAGUCAGCACACACUCAGCACACGGUCAGCGCACAUCAGCACAUGCUCAGCGCACAGUCAGCACACAGCACAUACUCGGUCAGCGCACGUCAGCACGUGCUCAGCGCACAGUCAGCACACACUCGGUACACGGUCAUCACGUCAGCUUGUGCCCAGCGCACAGUCAGCACACAGCACACACUCGGUCAGCGCACGUCAGCAUGUGCUCAGCGCACAGUCAGCACACACUCGGCACGUACUUGCUCAGUGCACAUCAGCACGUGCUCAGUGCAUGCCUGGUCAUUUUACACUCAGCACAUACUCACCGCAUGCUUGGUCGGCACAGUCAGCACAUGCUCGGUGAAUGUGCACUUGGUCAACACGUGUGGUCAGCACACAGUCAGCACAGCCUGAAGAGCCUGGUGUGUCCCGGGCACUGAACUGUACAUUUGAAUAAAGGAGGGAUUGGUCGGAGUCCCCCGCUUUGACCUCACAUUUCAUAAUGUCAAUCCUGCCACGUGCAUUACAGCCCAGCUCUCCGCGACUUGCUGUUGGCGGAGUGGUGUACAGGGAGGUGUCACUCUUAGUCACCUGCCCUAGGGCUCAGCUCAGAUGUUAGCAGAUCCCCCAGCGAGCCUUUCCGUGGCCUCCCUCCUGUUUUCCACGCACCAUUCUCUGUGUGGUUGCCUGUGUCUCCUGGCCGACUGAGCUGUGGUUUGAGGUUCAUCUUCCGUGCCAGCUUUAUCUGUGUUACUCUCUCCUUCUCCACAGUCACUUAAAUAUUAAUACAGACACACCCAGAAAGACCUGGAAAAUUCACCUAGCUCAAGCAAGCGUGGCUUUUUCCUUGGCUACUUCAUUUUGUAAUGCCUUACAACAGCGUUGUGAAAGAGGGGAUAGAUUGUUUCUUCAAAUAUGAAAAAACAGAGAAUUGUCUUGAAGCAGCCCAAGAUGAUAGGGGUGUCCUCCCACAGGGCUGGCCCGUGUCAGAUCAUAGGGGUGUCUUCCGACAGGGCGGGCCCGCACUCAGAUCACAAGGGAGUCCUUCAGCAGGGCUGGCCCGUGUCAGAUCACAGGGGUGUCUUCCGACAGGGCGGGCCCACACUCAGAUCACAGGGGAGUCCUUCAACAGGGCUGGCCCGGACUCUGCAGCUGUGCUGACUCCUGUGACACCUGUGGUCUGUCGGAGCCGAGCUCUCCUGAGGCACUAGUGAGAGCCUGGGCUGGUGUUGGGGGCUCUUCCUGCCCCUGUUCCUGAGACCAUAGGACCUGUCCCCAUCGACGGAGCUGAAGCUUUACAAGUUCUACAGAGAGAAUUUCGGUCUUUGUAACAUUUAGGCUGAGUUCUAAAACUCACUUUUGGAGUCUGAUUUCCAGCAUCCGCCGUGUUUGAA